GCUGCGCGCCGCCCAGUCGCUAGAGCACGCUCAGGCGAACAACACGUUAGAGCUUCGCGUAGCUCCUUGCCCACAGAAUAUCAUUAUAGCUUUAAUAUUAACUUAACUGCAAGAACAGUGAAUGUAAAGUGUUGUGUUGAGACUCAAAGGUUUAAUUAGUGUUGUGGUUUGCGGGCAGCAGCCAGCUUGUUGCUGCUACUUCCGGACGCCUGUAUAUUUACAAUCAAAAAUCCAUUCACCUGCGAAAAUGAGGGACGAACGGGCCAGCCUCCCGUGCGUACGCAUCGCAGUCAUCGGUAGCUCGCGUGUAGGCAAAUCUGCUCUAAUCGUUCGCUACUUAACAAGGAGAUACAUCGGGGAGUACCACUCAAACACAGAUCUCCUGUAUAAACAAACAGUACCAAUAAAUGGAACACCAGUUGAACUAGAAGUAAUCGACGUAUCUGGUUCUAAUUCUGACAAAUUCCCAGCUGAACAGAUCCAAUGGGCAGAUGCGUGCUUAUUAGUGUAUGCUGUAACGGACCGAAGCAGCUUUGAAUACGCCACUGAAGUUUUGAGCGCGUUGAAGCGAGCCCCCGCUAGUACAAGUCCGUCACACAGUCCAGCCGGCACAGCGCAUACCAUGCCACUCGCUUUGCUUGGCAAUAAAACUGAUCUGGAUCACUUGAGACAGGUAUCAACAAAGGAAGGGCAGACAGUGAGCGCCGCCCACGGAGCCUCGUUCAGCGAGGCGAGCGUAGCCGACAACUCUGGUGAUCUGUACCGGUGUGUCGACAGAUUGCUUGCAGAGGUCCGCACGCCCCAGCGCACGCGCAAAUUUUCCGUCACAAAGAUGCUCGGCUCGUUAAUAGGUGGUGCAGCAAACAACAGCCAGACAAAUCGUAGCGGGUCGGUAGUGGUGUGCCCACGCGUACCCGCGCCAUCGCGCCCAGCUUUGGCGGCGGCGGCCCCCUGACCGUCGGCUGCGCCCGCGCACCGUGCGCGCUGAUGCUUCGCCGGCGCCGGCGCCGUCUGGCUCGCCUGCCUACCCGUGCCCGCCCGCUUCUCAGCACCGCCGCCGCUAUCCGCCAUAUAAAUUAAACGCGACGGUGCCCCCGGGCCCUACUGCAGACUGCAAAGUUCUGUGUCAAACACUGACUGUUACCAAAGAUCUGUUUUAGUUUAAGUGCAUUUGAGUUCGCGUAGCGCUUGCAUCUUGCACACGUAGUGCGUCUAAAGAAUGUAUGAAUAAAUCUUGACAAUAAUUGCUAUUAGUACGUCUGGCUAUUCAAGUAUGUUUGUGCCAAAGAUUGUAUGUUGAUUGGAUUGAUGGUUUAUGUGUUAGCUCUCUAUGAAUACUCAUUUAUUUCAUUCUUAUUGAUAUAUUCCUUCACAUAAUGAUUAAUUUUUUGGUCAAAUUACGCACAAAGCGGCCUACAGUAACAAGUUAAAAUUGUAUCAGAUUUGAUUUCCUAACAGUUACAAAACACUUUCUUGGAAAACAAGAUAACGUUAAAAAGUGAUACGGCCUAAAAUACGUACCUUGGUAAUAUGUACUUUUCUAACAAUUUUCUACUUUUACACAGUAUUAUUAAACUAAGUCUCAACUAAGCUAAGCAGUGCUUUGUAUGGAUGUAUUUUGAUAUUAGUCCUAAGAAGCUGUACAUAAACUGACUAUAGUCGUCUAAACUCUUCAAUAUUACAUGAUCAAAGAGUAUUUACACUUAAUUACGUGGAGCCGUAGAUAUAUUCAUAUAUUUACAUUAUCACAUUAUACUCACUGUUGCUAUGGAUGUUAUAACAUUAGUCAGUUUCUAGUCAUAGAAUAAGGGCUGUGAAAAGACAUUUGGAUGCUAUGCAAGAAUGAACCAUGGUCAGUUUCAAUGAAAUUAAAUGUUUAAAUAUUAUAGCUAUUAUUAUCUAGAAAAUUCUAUCAUACCGUAAAUUAUACAUGUCUAUUUUACAUAAAUAAAUGUUGCCAAAGAAUAACCACUCUGCAAUUCCAUAUUGUCUAUUUAUUAAAUGAAAUUAUUAUGGAUAUAAUUAAAUUAAAAUUAAUAAUCGAGUUGCAGGGUGUAAUAUUUAUGUACACUGUUAGAAAAAUUAUAUGUCUAAAUGAAAUUGAAUUGUGGAAUGCGAAAAAUGUAUAUAAUGUAGUAAGUUGUUAUGAAGACUAAAAAGUGGUCGGAACUGAUUGGAAUAAGUAUGUAAAUAAUUUUAAUAAUAAGCUUUAAUAAUUAUUGUAUAUUAAACGUUUCUUUACAUAAUCAAUGUA